CGUUGACGUCGUACCGGUCGACUCGGUUUGUUGCGUUCUCAAGUCGCCUUGUUAAGUAUCCAUCAACGCCACGAAGUACGUGUAAAAGUAAACGGAGUGGUAAAGUUAGGAACCCUGAGUAGGUUGUCGUUAACAAGGCGAAUUGACCUGCAUUCGCGUUUUCGCGGCUGCGACGUAACUCGCGGUUCGAAUAUUGUUUGAUGACGGUCAUUCCGAGAAACUUUUAUCGCUCCGUUCUGCUUCGAUAAUCUUAAUAUAAGUAAUAUAUAAUUUGAGAGUUUGUUUUCGAUAAUUUUUGUAACGAACGAAGUUCCAAAUAGUUAUUUGAAAUAAAUACUCAUAAAAGUGUGUUACCUACGACAAACGCAACAAGUUGAGCUAUAUAAUCACGUGCUCAUAUGUCAUAUCCACUACCUAUAUGUACUUCUUUAACACAAAAUCCGAAAGCUUUUCGAAGUAAAGAGUAGUAGAGAAAAUGUGUGACAGUCACAACGUCAGGUUUAGUAAGUUGCUUAUUGCACAGUUUUUGCAGACAAUUAUGAAAUAAACUACAUGCAGUAUAUAUAUAUAUAUAUAUACAUAUAUGUAUAAGCGGCUGCUGUCGGCACAUGUAGGUAUAAUACCUAAGUAUAAUCUAGCUGAUACAGUUCGUGGGACAAAAUACACACAUUGCGGGAUCGCAAACGUUUAGGAUCCACCUAGUCUAUUGAAAACGAGAUAAACUGUUCGACAAAUAAGAAGAUGAUAUACUAGAUUGGUGCUCUGUUCCAAGUUUAUUGGAUUAUUUUUCAAGUACUGAGAUUAUUACAGUUUGCUUUUUAAAAUGUUGCGCUCAGCAAGGAUAUUUGCAUCAAAGCACUUGAGACCAAAGAAAGGACAAACAUUUCAUACAACAGGAGCUCAGCAGAGUGUCGAGGUAUCGCUGAGCCAUCAAGAUGCGGAAAAAGUACAAGCAGCACCGCCUUCUCUUGGAAGAGCACUAUAUCUGGAUGCCCAAGCAACAACACCCAUGGACCCAAGAGUUCUGGAUAAAAUGAUGCCCUACUUAACAUCCUACCAAGGAAAUCCUCAUUCCAGGACUCACAUGUAUGGAUGGGAAUCAGAGGCAGCUGUAGAUCAUGCAAGGCAGCAAGUGGCAGACUUGAUUGGUGCAAAUCCCAAAGAAAUUAUCUUCACCUCUGGAGCUACUGAAUGUAAUAACAUAGCAAUCAAGGGAGUUGGAAAAUUUUACAAAGAGAAAAAGAAUCACAUUAUUACAACGCAAACAGAGCACAAAUGCGUAUUAGAUUCCUGCAGAUACUUACAAGGAGAAGGAUUUAAAGUUACCUAUUUACCAGUGCAGCCUAAUGGUCUUAUAGAUCUCGAAGAACUGGAAGCAUCGAUGACACCAGAAACUUCUUUAGUUUCAAUAAUGACAGUCAAUAAUGAAAUAGGAGUGAGACAACCUGUAGAAGAAAUUGGUUCCCUCUGCAGAAAGAAAAAAAUUUUUUUCCACACUGAUGCAGCACAAGCAGUAGGCAAAAUUCCUAUAGAUGUUAACAAAAUGAACAUUGAUCUCAUGUCUAUUAGUGGACACAAAAUUUAUGGUCCAAAAGGAAUAGGAGCUAUGUACAUCAGAAGGAGGCCAAGAGUACGUUUAGAACCAAUACAGAGUGGAGGUGGACAAGAAAGGGGAAUGAGAAGUGGUACAGUACCAGCCCCACUGGCAGUUGGGCUAGGAGCAGCUUGUGAACUAGCAAACAAUGAAAUGUCAUAUGACCAUGAAUAUAUCACAAAACUCAGUAAUAGGCUGAUCGAUGGCAUCAUGUCUCAAUUAACCCAUGUAGUACGAAAUGGUGAUCCAGUUGCAUGGUAUCCAGGAUGUGUAAAUUUAUCUUUUGCAUAUGUCGAGGGAGAAUCUUUGCUCAUGGCCCUGAAGGACAUUGCUUUGAGCAGUGGCUCAGCCUGCACUAGUGCUAGUUUGGAGCCAAGUUAUGUUUUAAGAGCUAUUGGAGCCUCUGAAGAUUUGGCGCAUUCAAGUAUAAGAUUUGGAAUUGGUAGAUUUUCAACACAAGAAGAAAUCGACUACACCAUUGAAAAUACCGUGAAGCAUACCAUACGAUUGAGAGAAAUGAGUCCAUUGUGGGAGAUGGUUUGUGAUGGAAUCGACUUGAAGACGAUAAAAUGGACGCAACAUUGAAUUGCUAACUUGGUAAUUGAGUUAAGAAAGACUGUUUAUCAUUGUUACAACAUUAAAUAAAAAUUUUUAGUUUUACACAUGUAAAUAUAUUAUAUAAUAUCAUCACAGCCUUGUUUGUUUACACUACGCUUUUUAACUAUAAUGUAUGUACAGUAAUUAAAUAAAUUUCUAGAAUAAAUAGAA